AUGCCCGAGAAGUCGGCCUCAGUAGUGUCCUACGCUGCUGGUGCCUCUCUCGCUGCCGCAGCGCUCAUAUAUGUCUUCGCACCAAACUUCUCCAUCGACCACGACGCCACGAGCUCCAAGAAAAAGUCUAUAGUCGGUUUGAGAAACCAAGCCAAUGACUGCUUUAUCAACUCGGUCCUCCAAGCCCUUGCCGGCUUAGGAGAGUUGCGCAUAUAUCUGAUUCGCGAAACGCACCGCCGUCGUAUCGAAGAUCCGGCAGUAUAUGCUAGUCUUGUCCAGCCCGAGGGUAAGGAGAUUGCCCAAUGGAAGCUACAGGGUCUGCAAGAAGGACUAGUCACACAAGGACUGAAAGAGAUGCUGGAUGCGCUUAAUGAGCGCCCCAUCUACAAGAAGUCCAUAUCCCCGUUCCAGUUUGUCAAGGUUCUGGAGGCGGCUUUCAAGCAAAGGAUCAGCCGCCAACAACAAGAUGCGCAAGAGUUUCUCCAAAUCGUUGCUGAGCGCCUCAAGGACGAGUAUCACUGCGGUCAACGAGCAAGACUACACAUGCGGAGGCGGGGCCUGUUUCCUACGCAAAGUACACCGAGCGUCGAGAACACGCUGGAUACCCAAGAUAAUGGUAAGGACGGCGGCGAGUCCUCACCAGAGCAGCAGCCCACUACCAAUGGCGACAACGACUCUGCUAUCGAGCCAUCCGAGCAAACCGAAAUUCCCCAGGACAAUGGCCAAUUGCCCAUAGAAAUUGAAGAGGGCUUCCCAAUGGAAGGAAAGUAUGAGUCGCAUCUCGAGUGUCAGACCUGUCGCUACAAGACUAAGCCCAGGGAAGAGACCUUCUGCACUAUAACUUUGGCUGUGCCUCAGGUCUCAGGCACGACGUUGAAUGCAUGCUUUGACGGCAUCUUCAAAACCGAGUACAUUGACGACUUCAAAUGUGAAAUGUGUCGAUUGAUGCAGACAAAGGCAGAUUUAGAGGCCGAGAUGGCCAAGUCCACGUCCGAGAGUUUCAAGGCGCAAGCCCAAGAAAGCAUCGACAAGCUCCAGCAUGCCAUUGACACAGAUCCCGAGAAUCCCCCGGAUGAUGUCGAGCUUGGCGAUAUUCGCUUCGCUCCCAAGAGGAGGAUCGCAAAGACCACUCGAAUGUCCAUAUUUCCAAAGAUAUUGGCUAUUCACCUCUCACGCUCGAUUUAUGAUGUGGGCCAAAUGACACAGAAGAACUCGGCCAAGGUGGUCUUCCCCGAACAGCUGCCUCUCGGUGGUUUGAUGGAUCAAAGGAAAUAUAAGCUGCUCGGGCUGGUUACUCACCGUGGCGGACACAACAGUGGCCAUUACGAAGCAUUCCGACGACAGAAUGUUGCCGCACCCUUCUCAAACCCGAACACUUUCCAACCAUCGGAAGCUUUUAGCAAAACACCGACACCCAUAGGCACCCCUAUUAUGGGAGGAAGACCGACGCACAGCCCGGCAAUCUCUACACCGGACCUCCUCUCAGGCUCGUCUGGUGACUCGACGCCUUCUCUAGAAUCACUACCGGUUCCGCCUAGGAGUGUCCCUUCAGACCUACGAGGGUCGGUAAGCUUGCCAGCGAUUGGCAAACAGAAGGACGCGGAAACCAGCAGUCUUCGUUCUGUGGCCGCCUCUACAAAGUCAGCUCUCUCCAAGCUUACAUCUCCCAAGCAAACAAAUAGCAGUUCAUCACCACCCAAGUCUGUGACAUCAAACGUCGCAAAACGAUCAAGGAAACGAAAGUCGGCAACAGACAAAUGGUGGCGUGUCAACGACGAAAAGGUCAAGGAGGCAAAGACUAGCGAAGUCUUGGGCAUGCAGAGAGAGGUGUAUCUGCUAUUUUACGAGCUCGAUAAAGAUGCUUAG